UCCACCAUGUCCAUCUGCUCCAGUGACAGGAGCUAUGGCAGCCGCGUCUGCCUGCCCAGCGCUUACACCAGCUCCUCCUGGGAGGUGGACGACUGCUCCGAGAGCCACUGUGAGCCCACCUGCUGCAGCCCCACCUGCUGUGCCCCUGACUGCUGCACCCUGGCCCCCAGCCUGACCCUCAGCUGCACCCCUGUGAGUCAGAUGAAGGCAGCCUGUGGGUCCAGCCCCUGCCAGUCAGCCUGCACCAGCUCCUGUGAACCCUCCUGCUGCCAACAGUCUAGCUGCCAGCCUGCAUGCUGCACACCCUCCCCCUGCGAGCAGGUCUGCUGCAAGCCCAUCUGCUGCAAGUCCGUCUGCUGCAAGCCCGUCUGCUGCAAGCCCGUCUGCUGCAAGCCCAUCUCCUGCAAGCCCGUCUGCUGCAAGUCCGUCUGCUGCAAGCCCGUCUGCUGCAAGUCUGUCUGCUGUGUGCCUGUCUGCUGUGGGGCUGCCCCCUGCCCAUCCCCCGCAUGCUGCCAGCCCCCUGCCUGUGCCCCUUCCUGCUGCAGACCCUCCUCCAGCAUGUCCCUGCUCUGCCGCCCUGUGUGCAAGCCCACCUGCUGUGUGCCCACCUCCUCCUGCUGUGCCCCCACCUCCUCCUGCGUGUCCCUGCUCUGCCGCCCCGUGUGCCCCUGCCCAGCCUGCUGUGUCCCCUUAUCUGGCCAGAAGUCCUGCUGCUGA